AUGACCUAUUCUGUUUAUAUUGAUGAAAUUACAACAUUCAUCGUGUAUCUAAAUCAUAGUUUUAGUUCAACAAUUGCUUUAAUUACUUUGAAAGAAAUGCGUCAGUUUUGGUUAGACAAGUUAAGCUUACGACAUGUUAUUUCUAAAGCCCAAAAUCGUGUUGUACCUAACGAUGCGGCUAACGUUAAUCAACCCAUCCGACAUGUUCAAACACGCCUUGCUGUUGUUAUUAAUUCAUAG